AAACCUAAUUGAAUUGGUAGAGGGAACCAGAAAGGAUGUGUGACACUGAAAUGCGACAUAGAAAUGGUAAUGGGAAAAUAUCUGAUACAAAAUCCAAUGGAACAUACAAACAUACAAAUGGGUAUUCACACUUAAAUGGACAUAUGAAUGGAGACUGUAAUGGGAAUGCUAUCAAUAUUAAACAGGAUACAACAAAACACGAGACCAAACAAUUUCAAGAAACAUUUGAAGCUACCCCGAUCCUUGCAGCAGUUUUAACUUACAUCAGCUAUGCAGUGCUUACACUUUUUGGAUUUUUAAGAGAUUUCAUGAGAUUGCGCAAGAUUGAUAAAACUCUGGGUGCAUGUGAGGCUGAAGACAUGAAGGACUUUGUUCCUUUAUAUGCAAGUUUUGAAAGUUUUUACACUCGCAAUGUGUACAUCAGAAUAAGAGAUUGUUUCAAUAGACCAAUAUGCAGUGUUCCUGGUGCCACAGUUGAUAUAGUUGAUCGCGAAAGUUUGGAAUCUGGAUGGACGAUAAACUACACUGGCCGUGUUCACAAAGAUGUCGUGAAUUUGGGCUCUUAUAACUAUCUCGGUUUUGCUGAAAAAACAGGACCAUGUUCUGAAGAUGCAAUUGAAAGUGUGAAACAGUAUGGAGCAGGAGUUUGUAGCUCGAGACAAGAAAUUGGUAAUCUUGACAUUCACGAAGAACUUGAAGAAGUUGUUGCAAAUUAUCUGGGAGUUGAAUCCUGUCUUGCAUUCGGAAUGGGUUUCGCUACAAAUUCAAUGAAUAUUCCUUGUCUCGUUGACAAAGGUUGUUUGAUUUUCAGUGAUGAAUUGAAUCAUGCUUCAUUAGUAUUGGGUUGCAGAUUGUCUGGAGCCACAACACGAGUUUUUAAACAUAAUAACAUGGAGGAUUUGGAACAGAAACUUCGGAAUGCAAUUGUUUCAGGACAACCUCGUACUCAUAGACCUUGGAAAAAGAUUCUCAUCAUUGUGGAAGGCGUAUACAGCAUGGAAGGUUCUAUAAUCAAUCUACCAGGAGUCAUUAAACUAAAAAAGAAAUACAGCGCUUAUGUUUACUUGGACGAAGCACACAGUAUCGGAGCAAUAGGAAAGAGUGGUCGAGGUGUCACAGAGUAUUUUGGUGUUGAUCCAACUGAUGUUGAUAUUAUGAUGGGAACUUUUACCAAGAGUUUUGGAGCGGCUGGUGGCUAUAUUGGUGGAAGAAGGGAUCUAGUUGAACAUUUACGCAAACAUUCUCAUUCAACUUCCUAUGCAACAUCAAUGGCUCCUGCAGUUGUCCAACAGAUUUUGACGUGCAUGAAAUUGAUUGAUGACCCUAACGAUGGACAUAAACGAAUUAAAAAACUUGCUGAAAAUUCAAGACUUUUUAGACAAGGACUUAAGAAAGCUGGAUUCAUUGUUUAUGGAAAUGAUGAUUCACCAGUCGUGCCAAUGAUGAUAUACAUGCCUGGGAAACUUGGCCCUUUCAGUCGCGAAAUGUUGGAAAGAGGAUUUGCUGUUGUUGUUGUAGGCUUUCCAGCAACACCACUCGUAGAGUCUAGAGUCAGAUUCUGUAUAUCUGCGGCUCAUAGUGAAGAGCAAUUAAAAGGGGCUCUUCAAGCAAUCAAUGAUUUGGCCGAAGUUCUCAAACUGAAAUAUUCCAGGACAUGAGAAGGAAUGGCAAAAAUGAAUAACACAACUGAACUUUUCUUAAAGUAAUUUCUAACCAAUUUAAUCAAAUAUUAUAUUUAGUUUUAAGUUUAUAAGUUUAAUUUUGUGUGACGCUGAUCGUCUUAAAAUAGUGUGUAUUUGCAAUUACCGGUAGAUUCUUAAAUGGAUUUAUGUAGUAAAUAUUGUAUUCUCUAUCUUAAAACACUGGAAAUUUGUCUCAGUUAUUAGAUUUUUCCAUUCAGUGACUCUCUCAACACUCCGUGGCUCCCAGCUCUUCAAUAAAAAAACCUUCAGCUAUUUUAUUUUCCAUGUUCAAUAAUGAUAAAAAGCUGACAAACCAAUGUAAAAGAAUAAAUAUCUUGCACAGAGUUGCAGUCAAAGAAAUGGACAAUCUCCAUUAAGUUACUUUAAAUUAAUGCAGUCAUUGAAAAUGGUACUUAAGGACGGCUUUCGCUCAUGGCCCCUAGAUAAUCACUCCCAAGGGAAUCCAGUUUGAGAAACCCUGGUCUAGGAUGACAAACCUAUCGAAUAUCAUUUUUUUUUAAUAAAUUGCUGGAAUUAUCAAUUUGCCGGGUAUACGAGUAUGAUAUUAUCUUUUUUGUUUUGUUUUGUGACUAAUAAAUAAUGAGUAAAUUGACUUGUUUUUUCAUAUCAUUCCCAUUAUUAGGAUCUUAUUAUUUUUGAAGCUAUCAUGUCUUAAACAUUCAACUUUUGUAUCUCUUUUCUAUCAUGAUUUUUUGUUUUGAAUACUUCUUUACACAGACCAAUUACUACUUUAUAAAUGAGCAAUCUGUGAAAUAUUUUUGCUAUGAUUUUGUCCUGUAGUCAUUCAAAAAUAAAAGGUAAAAUGACGUUUUGUUAUCUUUUACAUGAUUUCAUUGUCACAUCCAUCAUUUGUAUAUGGCUUUUCAAAUAAAUUGGCUAGCAGUCUUGUAAUUUUUGAUUUACGUUUCUUUCUGUUAUAAGAAUAUAAUUUUCAUACUUUAUUAUAAUCGAUAUACUUUAGGUGUUCCUAUUUUUUGUACCUGUAAUAAUAACAUUCAAACCUUCUUUCCACCUUUUGUUAAGAGUUUUUUUCGGCAGAAUUCUGUCCGUAUGUAUGUCCGUGUUUUUAGUUUAUUGUAUUGGAGGAGACUCUGCAAAAAAUAGUGUAUUUCUGAAAUAGAAUAGCAGACAUGAUGCUGAAUAAACUCUUGAUUCUUUAUGUAUGCAUGUUGUACAGAUUUAUAUCUUUAUUAAACUUUUUUUUGUUUUUUAAUGAUUUUAUUUCAUCUUAAAUCGUUUUCUAUAUAAAAAUUUAUGCCAUACGUGUCUUGGAUUUUUUAAGUUUCAAAUUUCAGGAUUAAAAUUAGUGAAUUAUGUUAUUAAAUUUCAAACUUUUUCGUGUUUGUUUAACAUAUUCUGAUAUUUCAGGUAUUCGUGAUAAUCUUCAACUUUGUCUCUUACAUAUCAUCAUCUCACACUCUCUUAUAAGAUUGGCAAAUGCAUAUUUUUAGCUAUUCUAUUCCGUCCAUGGUACCAUGCAAGAAAAAAAUAUGAAAUUUAUAGUAUUGGAUGAUUUGUAUUUAAAAGCAUGUUGCAUGGAUAUAUUUUUCCAACACAAAAGCUUAAGUAAUAUUUUUUUUUGCUAGCUGUUCUGUGCGCUUUUUAUGAAGCGCACAAUGUUAUUUCGUUCUUAUUUUUUAUGCAUUUAUGUAGUUUUGAUUAUUGUAAAAUCCUAAACAUUUUUCCCUCGAUAUUGAACCUUCGCCACCGUGCUAUUAUAAGUUUUUAAAAGCAGUCAGAUGCAUAAGGAAAUGAAGGCUUUUUGAAUGAAUAUAAUAAUGCUUUUUUCUGGUAUUUUUUGUAAUUAAACAGUCUAUCUAAUUUGGUGACUAACGCUAUGUAUGUUGCAUUCAAGUUUAAGUGAACUGAUGAAUCAUUUGACAUAAAUGAUGAGUAUUGCCGGUAUAUGCUUCAUUAUAUUGUUGAUAUUUGAAAUUUUGUUUUUCAUGCAAAAAAGCAGAUUCAUUGAUUGUGAAAUAUGACGCUUCCCUUGUUCAUUUUAAAAUGCACAAUUUAUUUGGCUUACCUAUUUAACAAAUUUUUUACUAUAAAACUUUGAUAAUUGGUGUUUGUCUGACUAAAAUUCUUUUUAUACAUCUGGUACAUCUACACAUAUUUCAAGGAUUUGGACAUAUUCGUACUGAGCAGCAGUAAAAACAAAAAAUUUUCUAUGCACACAUCAUUUAGCACAAGCUUGUUCGUGAAAUUUCGAAACUUUCACACAAUGAAUCUUCAGGAUAAAGCUGUAUUGCCCUAGGAAUGAUUUUUGUAGAUUAUUAAUUCUGAACUGUGCCUAUGAAAAUAUUCACAGAAAGUUUUUGGAAAUUGUCAAUUUAAUAAUCACGAGUUUUGGCAGAUUUUGAAAGAAAAGGGGAAUUUUCCCCUGUGUAUAAUUAUUUUGAUAAAAAAUACGUUUGUAAUUGUUUUUCCUUCUUGUAGUUUAGAUUUUUUAGUACUUUACAGUGAUUAACCUGCAAGCGAUAUUGUCAUAGCGCUUUUCAGCUUGUUUCGAUUAAGCUAGAGACCGAAGUCUUUUUCGAUACAAUAUUUCCGGUCUAUCCGUGUUAUAGCAUUAUAAUGCUUGUUGUCAUCUAACGGACUUUAAUAUUUCUUUGAUUAUUCUCAAAUAAAACUUGUGUGUAACA